GAAACUAUCCUUUCACAUCCGUUGCGCAAGGAAAGUGUACUGUUCUCCUACGAGCUAAGGCCAAUCCGGCGACGUACACUGCUAUUUCAUUGCAUCCGUAAAUUAGAGACACCUAAAAGAGAUCAUGGCAUCCACAGACGAACUUGCUUGUGUUUAUGCUGCCCUCAUACUCGCUGAUGAUCAAGUAACUGUCACGGCAGACAAGAUCCAGACUAUUCUAAAGUCUGCUGGCGUAUCAGUGGAGCCAUAUUGGCCAGGUUUGUUUGCACGUGCCUUGGAAGGUGUGAACGUGAAGGAACUGAUUACAAACAUAGGCAGUUCUGCAGGCGCUGCUCCUGCAGCAGGUGGUGCUGCUCCAGCUGCUGCUGGUGGUGCUGCAGAAGAAAAAAAAGAGGAGAAGAAAGAAGAAAAGAAGGAGGAAUCCGAAGAGUCGGACGAUGACAUGGGAUUCGGUCUCUUCGACUAAAAGUUACAGAGAGUUGUUAUGAUUUGUAACAUAUAAAGCAAGAAAAACAAUUGAAAAGACAA